AUGUGCGUCAACGAUCUGACACGGGAAAUCAACAACACAUGCUUUAUGCUUGUGGACGACUGCAAACUGGCUCGAACGAACGUAUAUCAGGAACUGCAUGCUGUUAUACGAAGGUACGAGAAGGAGGAUCUUCCGCACAACCNUGUUCUAGCCCCGACUUCUGUGCGCAUUCAUGAGGUUACUGGCCAUCAGUUGCAAUCACUUAGCGAAACGACGUUGUGCGUUCAAUCUGAAUCCGGUGUGUCAAUCCCAAUUCGAUUCCUGGUAUCAGCCCACAGUCCGUCAAUAAUGGGCCUUCGAGCAAUGCGGCUACUACAAGGAUCAAUCACACUACACACCAACAACGAUAUGUUGAUCACCUCACAUCUUCAACAUUUGAUCGUACAGUUUUCCGAUAACGCUGAUGGUAUGAAGGUACCGUCGGUGAAAUUGGAAGUGGACGGUAAACCUAUUUUCCUAAAACUACGCGUCCUCCCAUAG